GUGGAGAACAUCUUGCUGAACGACCAGGGGAACUACGUGCUGUGUGACUUCGGCAGCUCCACCCACAAGACUCUGCUGCCCCACAAAGACGGAGUGACCGCCGUGGAGGACGAGAUAAAGAAGUACACGACUCUUUCAUAUCGGGCGCCAGAGAUGAUCAACUUGUACGCAGGGAAAGCCAUCACCACUAAGGCGGAUAUAUGGGCUCUUGGCUGCUUGUUGUACAAGCUGUGCUUCUUCGCCCUUCCAUUCGGAGAGAGUCAAGUGGCCAUAUGUGACGGGACCUUCAUCGUUCCAGACAACUCCAAAUUCUCCUCCAAGCUGCACUGUUUGAUCAGGUACCUGCUCGACCCGGAGCCGGAGAACAGACCCGACAUUUACCAAGUGUCCUACUUUGCCUUCCAACUAGCUGGGAAAGACUGUCCGGUGCCAAAUCUCUUUAACUCCCCCAUCCCCACGUCUCUUCCAGAGCCUCUGACCGCGAGUGAGGUCGCUGCUCGGAGAAGCAUAACGAAGGCCAGGAUAACGGACGACGUCGGCCCGACGGAGACCUCCAUCGCCCCCCGCCAGAGGCCCAAAGCGGCCAACAGCAACGUCCUGCCGCUCGCCAACACAGUCACCCCCGCCAACAUGACCGGGCCCUCGGCCCCCGUCAGCAACGGACAGAGAGCGCCGACCCCCGGCUCCGGGACGCCGUCCGUGCAGCCGCAGCCCGGCAGUCAGCAGCACAGAGUCCUGCAGCAGCUGCAGCCUGGUGACCUGCGUCUCCAGCAGCUACAGCAGCAGCAGCAGCAGCAGCAGCAAGCGGCUGUGCAGCAGCAACAUGCAAACGCACAGCAACUUCAAUACCUCCAGUACCAACAGGCUGUGCAGCAGUCCCUGCAGCUUCAGCAGCAGCAGCAUCAUCAGGCUCUUCAGCAACAGCAUCAUCAGGCUCUUCAGCAGCAGCAUCACCAGGCUCUUCAGCAGCAGCAUCAUCAGGCCCUUCAGCAGCAUCAGGCUCUGCAGCAGCAGCAGCAUCAUCAGGCUCUUCAGCAGCAGCAUCACGAAGCCCUGCAGCAGCAGCAUCAUCAGGCUCAGCAGCAGCAGCUGAUGAUGCAUCCGUUGUACCAGCAGCAGGUCGCCCAAGCUCAGUACGCCGCCAUGGUGAGUUGUGUCAGACAUCGGCCGUCGAUCUGAUUCACUUCUGCUUGCGUUAAAGCACAUUCCAAAGAAUCUUCCAGCUCAAAGGAAUCACGACAGACCUUCAGAGCAGAAGAUUUCAGUCCAAAACCGUAAUAAAUAGUUUGAGCAAAUGACAGCGAAACACAUGGAGGCCCAGCAUGAAGCAACACGCAGCAGAGUGUUUCGUUUAAUGUCAGAACGGCUCCUAAAAACGUCCCUCUCCAUUCCAAACACUGGCAGCCGAGUGGCUCCUCAGUCUGUGCCAAGCAGACGCACCAGAAACUUCCUGCCGACUCUGUCCAAACAUUCAAAAAACUCGUAUUUACGCACAUAGCGACUCAAACACACAAACACGGGUCCUCCAAAGGCGCUCUGCGAAUUUUAGUUUUGCUUCCCAGCAUCUGUUUUUACUUCAGCGGCAAUCUAGAUCG